AAGGCAGAUUCCCGACCUUUUUCGCUUAGUACUCAAACUCGAACCUGUUUUCGAUAGUUUCGCGUAUAAUUCAGGUCUAACACACUCACGUUUGCACGCUACAUAUCAAUCAUUAUGGCAAAGAAGGUCGACGCCAUCCUCAAGAGCUAUGUCGCCGACGGCACUGCGACCAAGGACAAGCUCCUUGGAGCGGCAUUUGUUGUCGUGAACAAGGAUGGCCCCAUCUACCAAGGCUCGGCAGGCCGCACCGGCAUCGACCCAAGCUCGGCCGCCUUCACUCCUCACUCAAUCGCCUGGACGGCGUCCCUGUCGAAGCUGGUGACGACGCUGACGCUGAUGCACCUCGUCGAGCACCGUGACGACAAGAACAAAAACAACAACAACAACAACAACAACAACAACAACAACAACAACAACAACAUCCAGAGCACGCUCGACGAGGAUGUGCGCCCGCGCGUACCCGAGCUCGCACGGCUGCCGAUCCUGCGAGGCUUCGCCGCGGGGGGGCUGGCAACGCGUCACCCGGACAACAAGAAAGAGGAAGGCGAGCCGCUGCUGGAGCCCAACACGGCACCCAUCACGCUGCGCCACCUGCUCGCGCACACGGCCGGGCUGGGCCUCGACAUUGCCGACGCGGACCUGGAACGCUGGUCGCGCUGGGUCGGCCGCACCGCCCGCGCCAGCACGUCCACCGUCGAGGGCUGGUCGACCCCGCUCCGCUUCCCGCCGGGGGAAGGGUGGUACUACGGCACGGGCCCCGACUGGGCCGGCCAGGUGCUCGAGCGCGUCACCGGCCGCCGGCUGAGCGAGUACAUGGACGAGCACGUCCUGCGGCCGCUCGGGAUCACCCGGGGCACGGGUUUCUACAUCGACAAGCUGGUCGGCGGGGACGAGAAAGAGGAGGAUGAGGAGGGCGGGAGGGACGGCGGCCGACAGCUGGUGACCCUGACGGAGCGCGACGGGCAGACGGGCGAGCUCAGGGAGCGAGACGUGCCGUUCCCGGUCGAGCCCCCCUGCGAGAGCGGAGGGGCCGGGCUGUACACGAACGCGGCCGACUACGGGAGGGUUCUGCAGGAGCUGCUGAGGGCUUUGGCGGGAGACGAGGGAGCCGUCAUCAAGAAAGAGACGGCCGAGGAGAUGUUCCGGCCCCAGCUGAAUGACAAGCAGAGGGAGUGGCAGAGGAGCAUCGUCUGGGAAUUCGGCGCGGCCGCAGAGAUCCCGGAGGGCUCGCUCGUUGACUUUGGGCUGGGGGGAAUGCUGAACAUGGAGGAUGUAGAGGGCAAGAGAAAGAAGGGUAGCAUGAUGUGGUCGGGCUUCUGUAACGGGCGAUGGUGGAUCGAUUCCCGGACAGGCAUUGCCGCCGUCAUGUUUACCUGCCUAUUCCCGUACUCGGAUCCGACCGCCAUCGAGCUCUAUGACAAGCUAGAGCGGACCGUGUAUGCGGACCUCAUUCCGGAUUGGCAGGCGUCGAAGUAAGGCGCUAGGGCCUGCUUGUUCCCUUUUCAUCAAGUCACGUCGCUGCUCUGGUUGUGUUAGCAAGAUGCGAGAGCCGGGUUGUGAUCAAGAACUGAAAAUCGUUAGGUGAGCACCUAGGCAGGGG